CUCUUCCUGCUUUCUCUUCAGCAGCUGCCGGCCACAGCUCAGCAGCUCCCCUCCUGGGGAGCCCAGGCAGCGGCCGCAGCCACGAGACCGCCAUGGCUUCACCUACUUCCAGCAACCCAGCACACGCUCACUUUGAGAGCUUCCUGCAGGCCCAGCUGUGCCGGGACGUCCUGAGCAGCUUCCAGGGGCUCUGUGAGGCCCUGGGGCUGGAGCCCGGUGGGGGGCUGCCCCUGUACCACAAGAUCAAAGCACAGCUCAACUACUGGAGUGCCAAGUCGCUGUGGGCCAAGCUGGACAAGCGAGCAGGCCAGCCCGUCUACCAGCAGGGCCGUGCCUGCCCCAACACCAAGUGCCUGGUCGUGGGUGCUGGACCUUGCGGACUGCGGGCUGCUGUGGAGCUGGCGAUGCUGGGGGCCCGCGUGGUGCUGGUGGAAAAGCGCACGACAUUUUCUCGCCACAACGUGCUCCACCUCUGGCCCUUCACCAUCCACGACCUCCGGGCCCUCGGCGCCAAGAAGUUCUACGGGCGCUUCUGCACCGGCACCCUGGACCACAUCAGCAUCCGGCAGCUUCAGCUGCUUCUGCUGAAAGUGGCGUUGCUACUGGGGGUGGAAAUUCACUGGGGUGUCGCUUUCACGGGCCUCCAGCCCCCGCCCAGGAAGGGGUGUGGCUGGCGAGCCCAGCUCCAGCCUGGCCCCCCAGCCCAGCUGAGCAACUAUGAAUUUGAUGUCCUCAUCUCAGCUGCAGGAGGCAAAUUCGUCCCUGAAGGCUUCACGGUGCGAGAAAUGCGUGGCAAACUGGCCAUCGGCAUCACGGCCAACUUUGUGAAUGGGCGCACGGUGGAGGAGACGCAGGUGCCUGAGAUCAGCGGCGUGGCCAGGAUCUACAACCAGAGCUUCUUCCAGAGUUUGCUCAAAGCCACAGGCAUUGACCUGGAGAAUAUCGUGUACUACAAAGAUGACACCCACUACUUUGUGAUGACAGCCAAGAAGCAGUGCCUGCUGCGGCUGGGGGUGCUGCGCCAGGACUGGCCGGAGACCGAUCGGCUGCUGGGCAUUGCCAAUGUGGUACCCGAGGCUCUGCAGCGCUUUGCCCGGGCAGCUGCCGACUUCGCCACCCAUGGCAAGCUUGGGAAACUGGAGUUUGCCAAGGAUGCGCGUGGGCAACCUGACGUCUCUGCCUUCGACUUCACAAGCAUGAUGCGAGCAGAGAGUUCUGCUCGUGUGCAAGAGAAGCACGGGGCCCGCCUGCUGCUGGGACUGGUGGGGGACUGCCUGGUGGAGCCCUUCUGGCCCCUGGGCACAGGAGUGGCCCGGGGUUUCCUGGCAGCCCUGGAUGCUGGCUGGAUGGUGAAGCGGUGGGCAGAAGGCGCUGGGCCCCUGGAGGUGCUAGCUGAGCGUGAGAGCUUGUACCAGCUUCUGUCACAGACGUCCCCAGACAACAUGCACCGCAACGUGGCUCAGUAUGGGCUGGACCCAGCCACCCGCUACCCCAACCUGAACCUCCAGGCUGUGACCCCCAAUCAGGUACGAGACCUGUAUGACGUGGCCGCCAAGGAGACCGUGCAGAGGAAGAGUGACAAGAUAGAUACAGGGAAGCCCACUGCUGGGGCGGCAGGCAGUCAGGAGGAGCUGCUCCGCUGGUGCCAGGAGCAGACAGCUGGGUACCCGGGAGUCCACGUCACAGACCUGUCUUCUUCCUGGGCAGAUGGGCUAGCCCUGUGUGCCCUGGUGCAUCGGCUGCGGCCCGACCUGCUGGAACCGUCUGAGCUGCAGGGGGUGGGGGCCGUGGAAGCAGCUGCCUUGGCAUUGAAGGUGGCAGAGCAUGAGCUGGGCAUCGCGCCGAUGUUACCUGCACAGGCCGUGGUGGCAGGGAGCGACCCGCUGGGCCUCAUCGCCUACCUCAGCCACUUCCACAGUGCCUUCAAGAACACGACCCCUAGACCAGGCCCCGCCAGCCAAACCUCUCCAGGGACCCCCAACGCCGUGCUCUUCCUUGGCAAGCUCCAGAGGACGCUGCAGCGGACCCGGGCUAAGGAAAACGGGGAGGACACCGGUGGCAAGAAGCCUCGCUUGACGGUAGAGGCCGAGACCCCAAAGGCUGAGGAAGCACCUGUCCCAGAGCCCAGUGUGCCCCUCACACCCCCAUCCCCACAGCCGGAGGCCGAUGCUGGAGACCUGUGUGCACUUUGUGGGGAACGUCUCUACGUCCUGGAGCGCCUCUGUGCUGACGGCCGCUUCUUCCACCGAAGCUGCUUCCGCUGUCGUAGCUGUGAAGCCACACUGUGGCCAGGCAGCUACGCGCAGCACCCCGAAGACAAACAUUUCUACUGCCUCCAGCACCUGCCCCAGCCGGACCGCAAAGAGGACAUCAUGGACGGGGACUCUGAGACUCUGGAACUCCCUACAGCCGGUGAGAACAGCACACCACCAGGCCCCUUGGCUCCCACAGCCCCACAGGAGGGGCCCAGGCAGCCUACCCGUCGGCUGAUCCGCCUCUCCAGCUCAGAACGCCAGCGGCUGUCAUCGCUUAACCUCACUCCUGACCAGGAAGUGGAAGCUCCCCCCAAGCCUCCCCGCAGCUGUGCUGCCUUGGCCCGCCAGGCCCUGGAGGGCAGCUUUGUGGGGUGGGGGAUACCAGCCCAGAGCUCGCAAGUUCUUGUGGCCAUGGAGGAGGAGGAAGAGGGUCCCUCCUCCAGCGAAGAGGAAGGGGAGGAAGAGGAAGAGCCUAUUGACUCAGACUUGGAGCAAGCCUUGAUGACCUUGGCCAAAAGCUCUGGCACCAUGAACAAGUACCCAACGUGGCGCCGGACUCUACUGCGCCGUGCUAAGGAGGAGGAGAUGAAGAGGUUCUGCAAGGCUCAGGCUGUGCAGCGGCGACUAAAUGAGAUCGAGGCUUCUCUGAGGGAGCUGGAGGCCGAGGGCGUGCGGCUGGAGCUGGCCCUGAGGAGCCAGCAGAGCACCCCAGAACAGCAGAAGAAACUGUGGUUAGAGCAGCUGCUACAGCUUGUUCAGAAGAAGAACAGCCUGGUGGCGGAGGAGGCGGAGCUCAUGAUCACGGUGCAGGAGCUGAACCUGGAGGAGAAACAGUGGCAGCUGGACCAGGAGCUGCGGGGCUACAUGAACCGGGAAGAAACCCUGAAGACUGCUGCGGACCGGCAGGCCGAGGACCAGGUCCUGAAGAAGCUGGUGGACGUGGUGAACCAGCGAGAUGCCCUCAUCCGCUUCCAGGAGGAAUGCCGGCUCAGCGAGCUGGCGUCAGGGACAGGGGCCCAGGGCUAGAUGAGGACGGGCUCCCCACCUGCUUCCCAACAAGGCCGACGACCUCGGCCCAGCCAGGACCGCAUCCUCCCUGCCCGGCUGGGCUGCCUGCGAGAGAGCUGCACUGUUUUCAAUAAAAAUGUGUCUGCCACAAACAGGGCUUGCGUUGCCUGCAG